AUGCGCGAGCGCAACGCGCGCAUGCACAGCGCGGCCUCCGUCGCGCGCGGCACGACCGGAUUCGCGCCGCGCGCGUCCGACGUGUUCAUCGCGACGUAUCCGAAGACGGGGACGACGUGGAUGAUGCAGAUUUGCCACCAGGUUCGCUGCGAGGCGGCGCGCGCGCGAGGCGAAGACGCGAACGGCGAAGCGUUCGACGAGAUCACCGAGGUCGUGCCGUGGGACGUCGUCGCGCUGGAUUGCGGGCAAGACCUGGACGCGGCGCAGACGACGACGCCGAGGCUGUUCAAGAGUCACGAGCGCGCGACGACGAUGGCGCGAGGCGCGCGAAGCGUCGUCGUGACGCGCGAACCGGCGGAUGUGUUUCAUUCGUUUUAUGAAUUCUUGCCGGCGUACAUGGGGAUCGAACGCGGCGCGAUCACGAGAGAGGAGUUCGCGGAGGCGAUAUUCGCGGGCGCGAGUCACAGUGGGGGGUUCGCGGAGCAUUAUUUGUCGUGGUACGACGCGGCGACGGCGUCGCGCGACGACGUGUUGAUGGUGGCGUUCGAGGACAUGAAGGAGGAUUUGGGCGCGGUCGUGGACGACGUGGCGGCGUUUUUGCGUUGUGAAUUGGACGAGCGCGGGCGCGACGUGGUCUUAGAGCGCGCGAGUUUCGCGUACAUGCGAAAAAACCACACGAAAUUCGACGACCAUUUCGUCCGCGCGAGGUUGGCGGAGCAAAUCGGCUUACCGAAGGCGUCGACGUUCAGCGUCGGCAAAGUGCGCGAGGGCGGUGGCGCCGUGGGCGCCGGCGCGCGCGAGCUUCCACAAACGGUGCGCGACGCGAUUCAAGCGCACUGGGACGCUCGCAUGGCGCCGAGAGGGUUCAAGACGUACGACGCGUUUCGCGCCGCGCUGCGCGAUUUGCGCCGCUGA